GAAAUUUUCCCCGUCACCAGAACCAAUAAAUAUCGAUAUCGAACGAAUUGUCGUCUGGAGUACAGCACAGGCGAUUCCUCUCUCUCUCUCUCUCUCUCUCUCUCUCUCUCUCUGUGUGUGGCUGUGUGUGGGCAAGGGCAAGGGGGGCAAGGGCAAUGGCGGGAUGCGGAAGAAAAGUGGGGUUCGCGAUGGCGUCGAAUCUGAUGAGAACCCUAACGCGAACGGGAUCCUCCUCCAAAUUUCCUUCAAAUUCGAGAAGUCUCAGCGGCGGCUUUGCUAGCAGCGAAAUCAUCACCUCCCACACCGACAAAUGGAUGCAGGAUACAAGCAAGAAAUCUCCCAUGGAAUUGAUCAAUGAAGUUCCACCCAUCAAGGUUGAGGGAAGAAUUGUUGCUUGCGAAGCAGGCAAUCCUGCACUCGGGCAUCCAAUUGAGUUCAUUUGCCUUGACCUUGAUGAGCCAGCUAUCUGCAAAUAUUGUGGUUUACGUUAUGUUCAAGACCAUGGCCACCAUCACCACUAAGUCCAGAAGUAAGUUAUGUAAGCAAGAUCCAUUGUGAUGCGUUCAUGGCGGGUUCACCAGGAUAAAGCCAAGUUCUCUCGACGUUGGGAUUUAAACUGUAUUUUCAACAAUCCUUGGACUAGUAAUGCUUGCAUGGUUUUGUUAUCAGCAUAAUAAGGACUUCAAACUACUUUUGUUGUGUCUCUGUUUGUCCUAAAAUGAAUUGUGGUACCUGUGAUCAAUGAGAAACAUGUUCCCCCCUUUACAAUUUGAGCAA